GAGGGAGCGUUCAGUUGAACGUUGUUAUUGGUGUGGAAGUCAUCACCCACUGGCUGGCGCUUUUUAAAAGCUCUCUCUCUGGUGAGACCGAAGCCAAGUUUUACUCUGUCGUUUUUCUGUGACAGUGAAGUGCUUCUUGCAGCUUUUUCUUCUGGUCAUACAUUACUUACACUAACAUGGCGAAGGUGUGGCUGCUGUUUACGCUGGUUGCUGGCCUAUCGACGUAUGUGAUGAGUCAAGGCUCAAUAGAUCCCCCCGCCGACGUGUCCUUCAACGACUUCGGCAGCCUCGUCCCCGGGAAAAUCAACGAGAAUAUUGAUACCAUCUUGAGGAAAUUCUCCAAGUCUAUGCCAAGCCGGCUGGAACUGGGCAACAUCGACGACAUGUUCGCCUACGACUGCUUCUUGCUGGGCCUCGAUAACGGCUUCAGGAGGGAAGGAGACGCCUUCCUCGAGAGUCCCGAGUCGACGGCCAUGUUCCUCUUCGGGAUCACGACGGGCAGGAUGACCGUCGAGUGCUCUUGGAAAACGGAUAUGGUCAUUCUGAUCUUCACAGGGAAAUUCCGAGCCAAUACCGACAAGGUCAUCAUCAAAGCUAACAUGACUUUGGAGAUUGAACCUGGAGCAGAGCCUCAACUCCAAGAUUUGAGGGUGACGCACAUGGACCGAGUCUACACCGAGAUCUCAGGCGCUGGAUUCCUGAACUGGCUGGGAGAGAAGUUCCUGAACGGGCUGGUCAACGGUGCCAGGACCACCGUCAUCCGGGAGAUCGAGACCGACGUCCGGGAGAGGCUUCAAAAGACCCUGUCUGUCUUCAGGCUUCCGUCUUUAUGAUCUGAUGGUGAUGGCGUUGAUAAAUGAGGGUACAAGUUCACAUAGAUGGGCAUUUUGUUUACACGACCACUAUACGGACAGUGAGAUCACUAUACAAAGACAGUGAAAAAUAUUCGUUUACAUGAUCAAUAUACCAAGACUGGAAAAUCUAUAGGUCAUUUUCAGCCGGUGGAUCUUAGCGGUCACAAUUUUUGUUCUAUUUUUUUUACAAUAAUACUUUUAUAAUGACUUAUAAUUAUAACAAGUAGUUUUUCGGAAAGAUGUUUCUUCAGAUAAAUGCCUCGUCUGGAAAUUACUUAUGAAAGAGAAAGGAUGAGAGCUAUUUUAUUUCAAGACAUCAGUGACUUGAGAAUAGUUAUGAAAAGACACUACUGAGAUACGGAUGCAUCGCAUGUGACGUAGUCUUAUAGACCUACUUUAUUUAUGGGAGAGAAUAAUAAACGACUGUUCUUGUCUUCGUGUUCCGGACCAGGAUACAGCUACUAUACGCGAGUCGUCUGGAAACCGCCAACCAUUCACCACAGACAACUGCGGCAGUCGUAAGAUUAUGUUUUCUGGACUUUUGUAAGCCCAACUUUUCAACACACAGCCAAUUUUGGUGCCAAACUUAAAUUAAAACGUGUUCUUCCUGUCCGUGUGACGCCUGAACAAUCAUGCGCAGUUUCAGUUUGUAAUAAAUCGCUUUUAGGUUUACGAAAUUGAUAUGGCAAAUUGCUAAAACCUUCAUAAAACGAGCUCGAGUGGCUUCAUCUUUAGAUGGAUUUAUUUUGUUACCAAAAUUGGCUACUUUGUGCAAAAAAACUUUCAGUCUCUACUAGACCACCAGAAAACAUGCUUUUAUGCUAUUACAUCUAGAGACUGAAGAUGAGAAGCAUAUAAGCAAAAUAACUGACAAAUUUGGGCCCUAGGCAGUGUCAUGAAUUCAGCAAGUUGAAAGUGGAAAUGCGAGAGAUUUCUAAGGUCAAGCAAAAAACAAUCCAAAAUGAAGUGUCAUCAUGAAAUGAGAUGAAAAGUGACUACUGAAAAUGCUGCUUAAGUCUGAAGGCACUCGAAGCGCUGCCUUUACCUUCACGAAUUGAUAGUGUUAGGCAAUUAGUAAACAAAACAAUAAAUAUGAUACAAGUGAGUUCUUGAGGACAAACAAGAGGAGAUCGACCGGUUGGAUAUGACGAGAUUACACCUUACUGAACUAACUUGAUCUAAGAAUUACACUUGCGUUACUUAAACUGAUUUCAAUCCCUUUUUUUUGGACAAAACGGACCGCUUAUGCAGAUACCCUUGAAUUUAACUGAGACCACUGAUUUUCGUUGUCCCUUGUGAGGAACUCAGUAGAAAGUGUUUCAAAUACUCGUAUUUCUAUCAGCUGACUUGACCUUCGGACACAUUUUAUGCAUCCCGUAGAUAUGAACCUAAACUUGUUAUUUUACUUUGACAUAUUUUGGGCUCAGUUCUGAUGUGUUAGAUGCAUUAAUUGGAACUAAGUUCUUUCUUUUAUCUUUAAAUUACCUCUACCUUGUCACUCCAAAUAACCUUUUAGAUUUAGCACUGCCCUCAUUGUAAAUAUAUAGCUACUGCAUGAUGCCAAAUUAGUUUAAUGAUUUCUGAUCAUUUUAGUUACACAUUGCUGUGUGCAUGGUCAAUGCAAGAGCGACCACAAACUGGAUAUUAGAAUAAGAAUGAAAAGUAAAUGAAGACUUUCAUUAAAAAUGAUUGAAGAGAACUUUUUACCUUUUGAUUUUAAAUCUUUGGUAGUUGUUAGCUAAGAUUACUUUCGUCUGAAACUAAUAAGGAUUUUGGCCUUUGUGUCAGUCUCCCUUUUUCUUGUUACUGAAAAAGUUAUCGUUCGAGUUUUCUUGGCAUAUACUCGACUUUGCCCUCGAAGUUUCCUAUUUCAGCUUCAGUCUUCAAUAACAAAUCUAAUUGUCGCUCAGUUUUAGGCUCAAAAUCCAUUCCGCUAAUGAUGAGAAAUAUUUAACCCCGGUGAAUUUCAUUUUAAUUUUUUUACUGGUGAUUUAUUUUUCUUGCAAAUGCCAUCAAUAAAGUACCAGAAAAUAUGACCUUCUAGAAUAUUUGGAAACCAUAAACACUGGCCAUUGAAUUGCUAAGUCAUUUCCUGUAGGACUUAUCAUAUAAGAAUACUUUCCGAUAUUGACAGCAUCUUACCCACGAACCAUUGCACUAAGUCGCAAUUAUGCCGAAAAUUGAAAGUAGCGCCCGUGCUUGCCUACGUCGCUCCCUCGGGUGCAAAGUUUGUCAGGUGGAUGGAGAAAGCUGCCAGUUCAUAUCUUGGUGUGAUGCUGCCUUCAAAUCUUGGACAGCAACGAAAGAAUUUACUCAUUUAUAAAUCUUCAUUACAGGAUAUAUCACAAUGUGUAAAAGGUUUUUUUUAAUACAAAGUUUUUCGCUUUUGAUAUUUAUGCUGAAGUUAGCGGAUUUGUCACCUGGUCUUUUUUUAUUACAUUAUCCCAGUUAAUUCAAAAGACCUUUCAAACAAGUGUCCUUUGUAGCCGAAAACCUAACGCACAGUUCUUUACACACACACACACACACACACACACA